AUGCUCCCGACAUUCGAUCUCAGUCCCAUAAUGGGCAACGCUUCCGUCAACCAGCUGGGUCAUCGGUCGCUGCAAGAGCUUGUCAUGCCCGAACUACGACACCUGGCAAACAACACGGAGCUUCUCGAGAAGAUUCGCGAGCGACGAUUCAACCGCGAGGAGCCGCCGCUUUGUCAGUCGCCGUCAACCCCUGGAGAGGACGAGUUUCAUCGCUUCUUGCAUGAACCGUUAUCAGAGGCGGAGAUUGCCGAGCUGGACUUGCUCAUUGACGAACCUCUCAACCAAGAAGAACUGAUCGAGACCCAAAAACACUUUGAGAUGUGGCAAGACGCCUACAACCCCGGGAGUCGCUACAGGCGCGAAGCCUACCACAUCCUGUUAUCCACGCCCAUAGCGAGGGACAACCGGAAACUCCACGACAUGUUUGUCAGACGAAACGGCAGUCUGCGGCUCAAUGUCUUCACCAGGCAUCACAUCAGGAAGCGAUGGCAGCGCCUUGGCAUUUGGAAUCCCGAGUGGGGAAUCCCCGGCCGCGUCGACGAGCAGACGCGGGAUAAUUCCUGGCUCUGGAAAUGGAAAUGGCAGGGCGAUUCGCCCAGUUGUGGUGCUGAUCGUCACGGGCCCUUGCUCCCUCAACACCCCAACUCCCGCGCAAUGCGCCGACGCCAGGGCCUGCGUCGCGGCCAAUGGAGUCCGCUGCGACCACGAAACAGUCUUGCCGCAGAUGCCAGCAAGGCGGCCGCCGAGGAUUUCAUCACCUCGCGCCCGUGGUAUACAUUCUACCUGGAAGGAGAAGAGGAGAGGACACGGCUGAGCCGCGUUCCCGAAAGUGCGAGAUCGCAUUACAAGGAAAAUCACCUGGCCUAUGUCGCGGAAAGGUGGAACGAAAGCAAAAGAGUCAGUGACCUUGGGUGGAAGUGGGAGAACGAGUCCCCAUUGUCCGAGCCCGAGGAGUGGACAACCAUGGACCUCGACUUUUCGCCGUCGGAAAUCGACGCGUUGGAGGCCAUCCCGCCCCCAACGCCCCGGCCCACGGCGCGCAGGCGCUCGCCGUUGAAGUUGAGUCUUUCACAAUGCGAAGAAUGGUGCCGCACUUUGUAUCCCAGACGUGACUCAGCUUCUCCUGAGGUACAGGAGGCUCAACCUGGCCAACCGCAUCCUCAGGAUGCAGCAACCUUUCCCACGCGGCCGUCACCGCCGAGGCGCAGUCGCAGCCAGGAGCACGAGGAAGCGGCUCCAGCAACAAAACUUCCCUCCUCCGAGCGGGCUCCCAAGCUUCGUCGAAGCGCCCGCAUCGCCGCCCGCUCCCAGCGGCUUCAGGCCGCCGCUACUGCGCCAGUCGGUCGCGACAGUGAUGGGCGAGAUGAGCCCCGCAAGCUUCGGGCGAGGUCGGCCGUCGGACCAGACACGGCGCCCUAA